CUGUGAUUGAGGAAGCUCACAUGUGUCUUGAUGUCUCUGCUGUUUCAUUUGUGUCUGCCAAUGUGAGGAAACCCCACAAAGGGGUAGAUUUUCUUUGUAGUUUACUAGCUGCAAAUGCCAGAUCUUUUUCUACCUUUUUGUUCUGAUGCUUUUCUUUUUACCAGCUAUGACAGAAGAAGUAACAUAUGCUAAUCUGAAAUUUGAAAACAGCCAUGAACUGGAUAAUAUCACAAAGCCUGAAGAUACUAAGAAAAAAGGGCCUUCCACUUCGUCCCGCUCUUGCUGGCCAGUAGUCCCGAUUUUGCUCACGCUGUGCCUGGCAUUGCUGAUGGCGCUGGUGACCCUGGCAGUUUUAUUUUUCCAGAUUCCCAAGGAUUACAGAAAACAACUGAGAGACCUCAACAUGACAAAGAACGAGCUGCAUGCAAAUUUCUCAAAUACGCUGCAAGCAAUAGGAAAUCAGCUAUGCUUGGAAGGGGAAAAAAACCUUAAAAAUAAUGGCCAGAACUGUGUGCUCUGCCCUGCAAACUGGAAGUGGGAAGGUGGCGAUACAUGUUACUACCACUCCAAGACAACGAAGUCGUGGGAGGAGAGUCACCAGUUUUGUUCCUCACAAAACUCUACUCUUCUUCUGAUAAAAGAGCAAGCAAAGCUGAGCUUGGUACAAAAAUUUCCUAGAACAUCAUACUGGCUUGGAUUAAUAUUUAGACCUCAACAGAGAAUCUGGUAUUGGACAGACAACACAGCCCUUACAGAAGAACAGAAGUCUUGGACAAAGCAGAUAAACUUUCUCCAACCAUGUGGGUAUGUUUAUUAUAGUACCAUAUAUAGCAGAACAUGUAAAGAAGAGGUUUACUAUAUCUGUGAAAAGCCCGCCAUCCAAUUACAGCGAGGUAACAACCAUUGGCAGGAGGACUGGUUUGUCAGACCAGAAUGAUUAUGAGAAGCUAGAAGAUGUUCUGCAAGACAUGUGUAACAAUAUCUUCAUACUAAGGAAACGGGCAUGGUGACAGCCUCCAGGAGUGACCCAAGUCUGUCAUUCCAGAUCCAAAACUGCCAAAUGAUUACCUAGUUUUAACCGACAAAAGUGAUGGACAAAAUGGCCAAAAGUGAUGGCUAGGAAAAAAAGCACAGUGACAAGCCAAGCAUGUAAAGAUACUGCUCCUCUCCCAGCAUCCACUGAUACAGUCCUAAUACCGCUUGUCAGUUCAUAGCUGCACAGCUGUACCGUAACGCAAGUGAUGAGGAUUAAACACUUCCAUUCAGGAGAUGCUUCUGAUAUCUUGUUGAUCUGACUGCUUUAAUACCCUAUAAUCAGAACAGAGCCGGCUUCCUCCGUGGUUUCACUGGAAAUGCUGAAACAUGAACCAUCCUCAUCGCCUCAGCACCGGUCUCGCUGCAGUGUGCCCCUACUCCCAAAGUACUGCUGUUGCAGGAAAGCAGUGUGACGAGCUGGAGAUGGAGGAUGAGGAAGGCUACACCGCUUUAAAUUUACGACCCUCAGCUUCAGUUAUUACUCCCGGAUAUUCGAGCAGAAACAAAUGUUCUGCAUUUAAGGGUCCAGCCAGUUGUGUUACAACAGACAGAGCCUCUACCUCAACUUCCAUAUGGCGGCCAGUGGCCUUUGCUUUCCUCGCCUUGUGCCUGGUGCUGCUGACGGGGCUGGUAACUCUGCUGGCCCUGUUUUUUCAGGUUUCCAAGGAUCCUGAGGAAGGAAAGAAGCUGCAGGAAAUGAGGGAAGCAUUGUGUUUUGAAGGGAAGGAGAAGAAUGAAACAAAAUGCGCUCUCUGUCCAGCAAGCUGGCAAAACAGUGGAGCUGACAACUGCUUCUACAUUUCAAAGCAGAAGAAAACAUGGAAGCAAAGCCAGGAGUUCUGUUCCUCAAGAAACUCCACUCUUCUUGUGCUAAAAGACAAAGCAAAGAUGGUUUCUCUGCCACAGGAUUCACAGUUUUACUGGGUUGGAUUAUCAUACGUAUCUGAAAAGGGUGACUGGUACUGGGAGGAUGGAACAACUUUUUCCAAACAAGUGACAAACUGGGUAAUGUUAUAUGAUAACAUCUUCUGUGCCUCCUUAUAUGGACGGAUUAUUUAUGCCAGCAACUCCUGUUCAACAAAGCAAUUCUGGAUCUGUGAGAAACUGGCUAUUCAUUUUACCUGAAGAAGCAUUGCAAGAAAGGACGUGGAAUCUGCCACUGUGAGAUACCAACUUUGGGAACUGGGAGUUUAAAGUAUAUUUUUAUUUUUGUUUGUUUAUCAUGCAGUUUUCUCAGAAUGGUGAUUCAAAUGGACAGGUCAUUAGAGACUAAAUAUUCUUCUUUGCCUGCAUUUUCCCUCCCAGGCUCACAAAUGAGAGAGAAGAAAAAACCUACAAAGCUAAAAACAGGCCUAGGAAGCAACUUAUUAGCUACAGUCAAGCAAUGAUUCUUGCGUGACUCUCUAGGUUGAGAACCACACAUUCUCGCAGAUCUACUUCUUGAGCUUUAGUCAGCAUUUUACACUAACACCUGCCAGUCAUAAACCAGUCCAACUACAUCCUUGAUGAUUUUACUCACUGAGUUACUGUACACACUAACUAUCAUCCACCCAUAAUCCUCUUCUAGACCAGUUUGCCUGGGCAUGCCGCCUUUCCUAAAUCUGUUCUUCCUGCUGUUCCUCUGUUUGAGCUAUAGGGAUACAGAAAGAACACAAGGCUCUAUUAAUCCGUAAAAUUCUUUUCACAUAUGGAUUAAUAUUUCUCGAAACAAAAGGACAUUUUUUAGAAGACUACAGGGAAUCCCUGGAAGCAAUCUUUAUGAAAACUAGAGUCAAAUGUCAUGGUUGGAUUAAAACAUUACCUGAAUAACUUCAGUGUUACCAAAACAUUAAUUGCUAUACAAAUAGCAGGGAGGAUAAUAAUUACGUGCUCCAUUCAGAGCUACACACAAUCAGUACUCAAACUGAUGCACAAUCUAUUGCCACAAACCUUACCUGAGCUCUUGUAUUAUAUCUACACUGUUUGGGAUCUCUGGAGCCCAAGGUACACACUAUGCACCAUGUGUUAUUAAAGCACUUGUCAUACUUCUUGAAAGAAAAUGAUGCUGCCGCUUUUCUGGGUGGAGUUUCAUUGCAUGAGUUCUUUGAAGUUUUGUAUGUCAGCAUCAGUUUUGUGUUAUGUAUGCAUAUAUUGCUUGUAUAUAUAUCUUGUAUCUAUGUGUAUAUGCCUCAGUAUUUGGAGACUUUCCUCAAAAUAAAUGAAAUAAUAAUAAUAAUAUGUCUUUAAUAUUCAAUACUUCCUUGGAAAAUAUUCUCAAAGACCGAAGCAGUUCCUUGGUAAAAAAAAUGAACCCCUUUUCCUAAUGUGCUGAAAGAUGUUUGUGAACUGAAUAAAUUCACUAUACUCAGUAGA